GACGAGCGCGUGCGCGGCAGGGGUUGGCCCGCACGUGGGUUGUUGGCGGUGCCGGCUGUACCGGAGCCAUGGGGCGGAAGCUGGACCCGACUAAGAAGGAGAAGCGCGGCCCCGGGCGCAAGGCCCGCAAGCAGCGGGGGGCCGAGGUGGAGCUGGCCCGCUUCCUGCCGCCCGAGGAGGAGGCCGGCCGCAAGAAGCUGUCCAGCCACGCGCGGAGGAGGGCCGCCAAGAGACGGCUGGGGGUGACGGGGCGGACGGCACCGGGAGGAGGGCGGCGGCCCGCGGUUAAAGAGCAGGGGGACACUGAGGAGGAGGGUAGUCCUGUAAAGACACUGGGACGGGCCCCUCAGCGCCAGGCUGGCUUCAAGGACGAUAAUGCAAAAUGGCUGACCCCGGCCAAAGGCAAGAAGAGCAUCUCCAAGAGAAGCAGCGUGGAGUUAUCCAGCAAUGGAGAGGUGGAAGAGGACAGCUGGGAGAUGGAGGAAGAGGAGGAGGAUGGGAGCAGCGAGGAGCUGAUGGAUGACUACGGUGCUUCAUCCUCUGAGGAGGAAGAAUUGCUGCCCAUUGAGAAAGCUGCCCGGAAGCAAAAGGCUGACAACGGAGAUCUCAGCGAAGAUGAUAGUGAGGAGGAUGAGCUGGCUGAGGAUGAUAGUGGGGAGGAUGAGGAGGAUGAGGAGGAGACCAGCAGGCAGAAAACAGGACAGAAGGAAAAAGAAAAUGCAGAUCUGCAGCUCAACCUGGAGAUAGAUGAAGAAUUCAAACUGCCAACUGCUGAACAGAUGGAGAAAGAGACUGCUGAGCCACCAGACCUGCAUGUCAUUCACCAGCGCAUCAAGAGCAACAUGGAGGUGCUGCAGGACUUUGGGGUGAAGCGGGAGGAAGGACGCUCACGACAAGAGUACCUUGCGCUGUUGCGCCGGGAUAUGGCUGCUUACUAUUCCUACAGUGACUUCUUGCUCAAGAUGCUUAUGGAUAUCUUCCCGCUCCCUGAGCUUAUUAACUUCUUGGAAGCCAAUGAGGUUCCCCGUCCCGUGACUAUUCGCACCAACACGCUCAAGACACGGCGACGGGACCUGGCACAGGCACUCAUCAACCGUGGUGUGAAUCUCGACCCCUUGGGGAAGUGGUCAAAAACUGGACUUGUUAUUUAUGACUCCUCCGUGCCCAUUGGUGCCACCCCUGAAUACCUAGCUGGACACUACAUGCUGCAAGGAGCUUCCAGUCUCCUCCCUGUAAUGGCUCUGGCUCCACAGGAGAAUGAGCGCAUCCUGGAUAUGUGCUGCGCCCCGGGUGGCAAAACCACCUACAUAGCUCAACUUAUGAAGAAUACGGGGAUGAUCGUGGCCAAUGACAGAAAUGCUGAGCGGCUGCGUAGUGUGGUGGGGAAUUUACAUCGGCUGGGUGUCACCAACACAGUAGUGAGUAACUGCGACGGACGCCAGUUCCCCAAGGUACUUGGAGGGUUUGACCGUGUCUUGCUGGAUGCUCCCUGUAGCGGAACAGGUGUCAUUUCUAAGGAUCCUGCUAUCAAAACCAAUAAGGAUGAGAAAGACAUCCAGCGCUGCGCUCACCUGCAGAAGGAGCUGCUUCUCAGUGCUAUAGAUUCAGUCAAUGCCACCUCAGAGACAGGGGGCUACAUUGUCUACUGCACAUGCUCCAUUACAGUGGAAGAGAACGAGUGGGUUGUGGAUUAUGCCCUGAAGAAGCGCAAUGUUCGUUUGGUGGCCACAGGACUGGACUUUGGCAAGGAAGGCUUCACCAGGUUCAGGGACCGUCGUUUCCAUCCCUCUCUUAAGUCUACACGGCGUUUCUAUCCCCACACACAUAAUAUGGAUGGGUUCUUCAUUGCUAAGCUAAAGAAAUUCUCCAAUGCCAUCCCCAAGACGCAGAAAGAUGAAGAGCCUGCCGUGGAGGCAGCAAAUCCACCCACUGGCCCGGAGACAGUCAUGGAGCCUCAGGCAAAAAAGAAGAAACUUGAGGGGUCAAAAGUUGCCGAAGAACAGAAGAAGCCACAGCCUACUUUGAAGAAGAGACAUUCUUUGCAGGGUCAGAGGAGGCCCUUGAAGGCUGUCCGGGCUUCUAACCAUAAGUCACAUGCUCAAGUCCCUAACAGAAAGAAGCAUAGGGUGAAACAGAAAGGACAGUGAGAGAAACUGCUUUUCCAGGUGUUGUUUCCCUCCUAAAGGAGCAAAGGCUGGGGCUGUCCUGGCUGUGUUGUGUAUUGUGGUGUCCUUCCUGCUCUUUGCAUAUAAUCACUGCAGUACUGAGCACCCAGGACAGCCAUAGCCCCUUUUACUCCUUUCCUUCCUCUGCAUCAAGGACCGACACACAACUCAUUAAAAGUUUUAUACUUUUGCUCAAACCUUGUCUUUUCCCUUGAGUACUGAAUGCAGAAUUUUGCCAUGUCCCCCUACUGCUUUGCAACUGAACUCCCUUCCACUCUUCUGAUGUCCUGACAUUUUCAGUGUUCAUUCUUGCCGCUGUUGUCACUUUCUGUGAGUGUGUGAUUGUUCUCUGUUCUUCCCUGUGCUUGUCACAGGACCACAGCAUGGCUCAGGUUGACAUGGACCUCUGGGUUCACCUGGUCUUACUCCCAUGCUCAAGCAGGGAUGCAUCCACGUGUGUUUUGAAGAUCCCUAAAGGGGAGACUGCAUAAACUCUUUGAGCAGUUCUGAUGCUCCGUUAAUUGGCCUCCAUCCAUCUCUUGGUUCUUGGCCUUCCAGAUUGCAACUGCAAUUCCUGCUGGUCCUGGUGCUGUGCAGUCAUACUCUUUUUGCUCACUCAGAUGUCGUUACUUUUUUCUUGUGACAAAGCAAGCAGUAAUUUCUAUUUCUGUGUCCGUACUCUGGUUGAGUUUGUGAUCUUGUGGAAUAUGGGCCUGGCAAAGAGCAGUUAGGAAUGGUGGCCUUCUGCAAUGGAGUGGUGGCAUUGGAGGACAAAGGAAAUCAAGUGAUUACAUUUACCUGGACUUCUGCAACGCCACUGACAUGGUCUCACACCACAUCCUUAUCUCUAAGUUGAAGAUACGGAUUUGAAGGGUGGAGUAACCAGUGGAUAAUGAAUUGUUUAGAAUGUCACUGCUAGGAGGUUGUGGUCAAUGGCUCUAUGUCCAAGUGGAGGUCAAUGAUGAGUGGUGUUCCUCAGGGGUCUGUCUUGGGACUGGUUGUCUUCAGCAUCUUUGUCAAUGACAGACAGUGGGAUUGAGUGUACCCUCAGUGAGUGUGCUGAAGACACCAAGCUGAGUGAUGCAGUUGACACAAUCAACUGCUCAAAAAGUGAGCACUCAUAACCUAGUGAGGUUUAACAAGGCCAAGUGCAAGGUGUAGCACUCAAGGCAAUCCCAGAUAUGUAUACAGACUGGGAGAAGAACUCAUUGAGAACAGCCCUGUGGAGAAGGACUUGGUGGUUCUAGCAAAGGAAAAGCUCGAUGCGAGCCAACAGUGUGUAUGUGCAGCCUAGAGGGCCAAUUGCAUCCUGGGCUAUGUCAAAAGAGGGGUGUCUAGAAAGGACAGGGAGGUGGUUGUCCCCAUCUGCCCUGCCCCUGUGAGGCCCUAUCUGGAGUACUGUGUCCAAGCCUGGGGACUCCAGUACAAGAAAAACAUGGAGCUGUUGGAGCGGGUCCAGAGGAGGCCACAAAGAUGAUCAAAGGCCUGCAGCACCCCUCCUAUAAAGAAAGACUGAGGGAGAUAGCCCAGCUGGUGGGUGCAGCACUUAGCUGGACAAGUCCAAUAAACACAGAGUUUCCUUGAGACUAGUCUCUGCUAUUUACUCCACCUCUCCAUUUUCUCAAGUUCAUUUCUUCCUGGCUUAUCUUGAUACAUCCUUUUCUCCACAUUUGAUUCCUCUGAUCCUUCCCAUCAAAAUCCCAUAGCAAGUUUUGCUCUCAUACUCCUGGAGUAAUUACAUAAUCAUGUAAUAAUUUUUACAAGACUCAACAGUUCUCAAACACCCCAUAAUAAAUGUUCUUCUGAAACCUCA